CGUUAUCUGUGGGGCCCCAUAUGGCUGCUCGUAUCCUUGGGGCUGGAGGCUUGACUCUGGGCUGUGCAUGGAGGUGAAACAAAGCUCGGGAGGGAGGAGGCUCGGGACAAUUAGUGGGCAAGGCAAAUGCAGCUCAGGGAGCCAAUAAGGGAAUAUCUGACCCCACCGUUGCACUUGCCCCCUUGCACUUGCCCCCUUCUGUAUUCAUUCUACCACUGGUGGAGAGGUGAAUAAAACUUAAACCAGCUCCCAGCUGUGGAGUUAAAUCUGGCAAGUUUCUGUCUGUGUGUGAGUGUUUGAGCACGGUUUGCUCUGCUGUGGCUGGGAUCAGCCUGUGGAUAGCUCCUGCAUUUCAGCUGCUCCUCUCCUGUGUCUCUCUUCUCCUCUCUUGGACUAGUGCCGCAAGGGCUGGAAACACAUCUGAAGGCUUAUGCUUCUUCACCUCGUCAGCUACCUGCUGCUUCUGAAUGACAUGCUGCACUGAGGCGCAACCGCGUGCCCACCAACGCCUCGCGAGCUCCUUUAGAGCGGUCACUAAGACCUGCGUUCCUUCGUCCUGCGUGUGUGAGAACCGCCGCUGAAGAACCAUGCCGCCUGCCGUGGGGGGACCCGUUGGGUACACCCCGCCCGAGGGUGGGUGGGGCUGGAUGGUCGUGGUUGGGGCCUUCAUCUCCAUCGGCUUCUCCUACUCCUUCCCCAAGUCCAUCACCGUCUUCUUCAAGGAGAUCGAGGUCAUCUUCAACGCCACCAGCUCCCAAGUGUCCUGGAUCUCCUCCAUUAUGUUGGCCGUCAUGUACGCUGGAGGUCCUAUCAGCAGUAUUAUGGUGAAUAAAUAUGGGAGUCGGCCGAUCAUGAUGGCUGGUGGAUGCCUCUCUGGGAUUGGCCUGAUUGCUGCCUCCUUCUGUGACACGGUGGAGGGCUUGUAUUUCUGUGUGGGAGUGAUAGGAGGUCUAGGAUUGGCAUUUAAUCUGAAUCCAGCUCUCACCAUGAUUGGCAAAUACUUCUUCAAAAAGAGGCCCAUUGCCAAUGGCAUUGCCAUGGCUGGUAGCCCAGUUUUCCUCUCAACACUAGCUCCCCUCAACACCUGGUUGUUCGACCAUUUUGGCUGGAGGGGCAGUUUCCUGAUUCUGGGUGGGAUGUUGCUGAACUGCUGUGUGGCCGGCUCCCUGAUGCGGCCCAUUGGGCCCAAACCGCCGCCUCCGGUGACGGCCAGCAACGGCGGAGCCCAAGAGAAGCGCUCAGCGAUCGAGAAGAUCAAUGGCUUCAUCGACCUGACGCUGUUCAAGCACCGUGGCUUCAUCCUGUACCUCACGGGCAAUGUGGUCAUGUUCUUCGGUCUCUUCUCGCCCCUGGUCUUCCUCAGCAACUACGCCAAGAGCCACCACAUCCCUAAGGAGAAGGCCGCCUUCCUCCUGUCCAUCCUGGCCUUUGUGGACAUGGUGGCCCGGCCCACCAUGGGCAUAGUGGCCAACACCAAGUGGGUGCGGCCCAGGGUGCAGUACUUCUUCGCCGCCUCUGUGCUCCUGAAUGGGGUGUGCCACGUGCUGGCGCCCCAGUCGGUUGACUACACAGGCUUCAUCAUCUACGCCAUAUUCUUUGGUUUUGCGUUCGGCUGGCUCAGCUCCAUACUCUUUGAGACGCUCAUGGACCUGGUGGGGGCCCAGCGCUUCUCCAGCGCUGUGGGACUGGUGACCAUCAUAGAGUGUGGGCCUGUGUUGCUUGGGCCUCCCAUGCUAGGGAAAUUAAAUGACAUCUACCACGAUUAUAAGUACACAUACUACAGCUGUGGAAUCAUUCUGAUGAUAGCCAGCGUGGUGCUGUUUGUGGUCAUGGGGAUCAACUACAGGCUGCUGGAUAAGGAGGCAAAAGAGGAGGCCAAGAAAGCCAAACUGGAGGCAGAUUUCAAGGACAAUGGUGCCAGAGAGAGGGGCAGAACGGAUGAGGAUGGCAAAACCGCCGAGGAUGCUGUGUAAUGGCUUCUGACAGCCACACGUGGGACAUUAUUGUGUAAAGCCACCAGAAGAGAUGAAAAUACUCUGCCGUGAAACUUCAGAGCAGCGGCCUUCUUUUGAAUUGAUGAAUUUAUGAGGUUGCUGUGAUUUUGUGCUUCUCUCUUCUUACCUUUACCAUUUCAGUGGCAUUAAAAAGAAUGGAGAAUGUAGGUGGUGUUCAACAGCAGUCAUUUAAGAGAGUAUAGAAAUGCACUUCCUUCUAAGAUAUUACUUCCAAAUAAAAUUGGUAAUUGUACUGAUUGUCUGACACCCCAAAAGUUAACCCACCCCUACGUCAUGCAAUAUGAUGUGAGGUAAAGAAGGUAAAUUAAGUAUAAGAUGUAUUUACUACCUUGUUUGUCAAAGGACAAGGGGCCUCUGGCCUCAUAGCAUAUAAACCUUGUAGAUUUUGAAUUACAAAUUCUACUCUAUUUUGAUAGAACAUCGCCUAAUUCAGUAUUAUGUGUACUGACUGCAUUAAAGUACAACGAAAAACAUUUGAUGUAAGGACAAUACUAAUGUAGCAGUUAUAUGAAUACAGCUGGUUUUCCAUUAUGCCACAUCUCUUGUUACCUUUGUUGAUUCCCACAUUUCUUUAAUCAAAUAUCAUUAUACAUAUCUGAACACACUCUGAUCCUUAUUAACUGUUUGGAGUAAGCAUAGGAAUCACUGAAAGCGGCUAACAUAAAGUGUGGUCCAUACGUAAAUUUGCACAGCAUGUCACAGCGUUAUUGAAGCUUCUAUGUUCCAGUUUCUCAUGCAUUAUUUUCAUUUUCUCCAGUGGUUCAAGAGGGAAGAGUCAAAUAUUGCAAUAUGGAAUGAAUGUAUGCAUAGAUCCCUGUAGCAGCACUGUUUUAUCAACUAUUUUGUCAAGCUCUAUUCAUUUUUAUGAAGUGUGCAGGUCAGGUAAUUUUAUGUCAAAAUUGAUGGUUAAUUUGUCUCAUCAAAUUGUUUCAAUUUGGGUAACUGGUAUUUCCAAAACAAAACUAUAUAUUGUUGCUUAUGCGUUACUAAUUAAGAACAAUGUUAACACAAAACAAUAUUGGCUUUUUUUUUCUCCAAAGAACUUCACCUCCGGUGACUGAUUUUAAUUCUACACAAUCAAUAUCAUAAACAACCUUGACACUGAAAGUACAGGGAUCAAAUUUAAGUUAAUUUAAGUCAUAACUGCACAGGACAAACUACAACUGUAUUGAUCAUAUAUUGGAAAUGAUGCGAGAGAGAAACUAUAGCUGUAGAAACUGUAGGCUAUGAAUAAAGAAAUGUACACUG